GGGACUAAAAGCGAGUGUUAAGUCAAUACCGCUAUCUUCUAUCUCUACUAACAUCAUAUCUAGGAGAGGGAUAAUCAAGAACAGAUCGCCCAAUUACGGUCUCAAUUGGAAAAGGCUCGACAUCGUCAUCAUUUCCACGUGCGACAAAUAAUUAUGAGACGGUUCCAAUUCCUUACUCGAAGGCUUCGGCGGUCAGGCUCUUCUACCUUCUCGGUUCAAUCUGAAUAUACAGCGCGCCGACGCCGGGACAGUAAGGAGCGCCGCCUUCUCGCUCGCGAAUCAAUAGAUAUGUGGCCAUCAUCAGGCGAGGAAAGUCCACUCUUUAACACUCCAGAAUCCACCAUUAUUCAUGCCGAUACUCCGCGUGCCCCUGGUCAUCACUUUGAUCCAUUGGCUAUGGCAAGUAUGAUGAUUGCUACCGCAGAAUUAGACAGACUUUCUUCAAGGGCAAGUAUUGAACGAACUUCUAGGACAUCCGGAUCAUCAACUGGUUUCUCGACAAGUACUCCUAUUUCGCCUACACCUCUCCAUAGUGGUGUCGGGAGUCCCAAUGACGAGACAUCAAUAUCUGAGUCCCCGGAACUGUAUUCACCCCCCACUAUACCGUAUAAUACUCCAACAUCUUCAGGCCUACAUUCUGGUGUUAUAAGCCCAUUGUCUAGGACGCCGCACCGACAAGGACAUAGGCGAAGGGCGCAGAGGAGUCACUUAUCGGAAGUCACAACACCAGAAGAAUCUACAAAGGAAUUUUCCGAAAGUCGUGGUUCCAUCUCAUCUUCCGUGAUCGAGACUCUUCCUGAAUGUUCAGCUAUCCUAGAUGAUGGACGCGAGGAUAACUUGUAUCCCGAACCGCUUGUAAUUUACCGCAAUAGCCAAGAAGAAACCAGAUCGACAGACAAUACAACAUCAGGAGAUACGCGAGAUAGCCAUCUAGGGUUAAAAAGAGGAGGAGCAAUCUCAGCCCCGGCUCGGGUUUCGUCGAUUGGGAAAACCCUUGAGUCCAUGUAUGACCUGAAGGAGACCUCUAGGGAUGACGGUAAAUCGCUGCCGAGUGUGUCUUAUGGACCAAGACAUACCAUCGAAUCGCCAACUAAUUUUCCUAACCUAACGAUCCCCGUAAUUGUGAUAGAAACAUGCGACGAUCAAGAACAAGGCUCUUCAUCCAAUUCCGCGAAUGCCUUGCCAGGCCUAGAUUCCGGUAUUUCUCAAGCUGCUACUAGAAACGGGUCUAGUCAAAGCACAGGUCCUAACUCUUGUCAUCCGGAUACCUGGUCAGAAUCUCAAGGCGAGCCAGGGGACUCGGACCCGUUUUGUCCUUCUGAUUGUCUCAGAAUUAGGUGCAGUGUUCAUGUCAGCGGCUCGCCGCCCCCAGGGCCUGUCAGGCGGGAUACCAGCGAGACUAUUUGUAAAGUGGUUGUUGCCAAGGAGGGGGGACCCGACGGAAGAACUGGCUUGCAGGAAACAGAACAGCGGAAGGGUUAGGUGUGCGUGUGGCUUCAUUUAGAUAGGUAGAUUUUUGUAUGCAUUCCGUUCAAACCAG